UCGAUGUUUUUUUUGUUUUUUUUUUUGCAUUCCGCGCUUUACUCUGCUGAUCCUUGCGGCAUCUCAAAAGUGCAACUCGUCUAAGUAUACGCUUAGCCAACAAGCUUAGCUUACAAGGUUGUAAUGCGGAUACUAAAUCAGAUCGUGUGUCUUUUGAUCCCCUGCUCUAGCUUUUUCUUCUCGUAAGAGUAAAAAAGUUAUCUGAUCGGCAGCCUGUGAUGACUGGAUCGUUCACAAGCUGCUCCAAUCCCAAAACGAACCAAGUGUAACAUCAAAUCCAAUAUCUCCGUUACCACACCCUCUUCUUGACAGUCUCAUACUUCUCACUUGACUGUAUCCCCUUAUACUUGAGCUCAAGACAGCUCCUCUCUUAUCUUGAGCCCAACACAGCUCUCUCAAGUGACUCAACUGCACAACACAAUAAUAUCAACUGUCUACUGUCAACAUGGCUGUAGACGUCUUUGCGGUUCCCGUCUUCCUUGUUGUCUUUCGAGAGACUCUUGAGACAGUCAUCAUCGUUUCUGUCUUGCUUGCUUUCCUCAAGCAAACCCUUGACGGUCCCAAUGGUGACAUCAAAGUGUACAAACAGCUGAGACGCCAGGUCUGGCUUGGAACGGGCAUUGGUUUCUUCAUCUGCUUGGUUGUCGCCGCCGCUGUCAUUGGUGUCUUCUACACCGUUGGCAGGAACUCAUGGGAGAAGAACGAGUACUACUAUGAAGGUGCAUUCUGUCUCUUUGCAUCCCUAAUCAUCUCCGUCAUGGGCGCAGCUCUGCUCCGUAUCGGAAAGAUGCAGGCAAAGUGGCGAGUCAAGCUGGCAAAGGCUCUCGAAUCACCAAUUAAAGCUGGUUCCAAGGGAUGGUUCAAGCAGUUCGUUGAGAAGUACGCUAUGUUCGUCUUGCCUUUUGUCACCGUCCUUCGAGAAGGUAUUGAGGCCGUUGUCUUCGUCGCUGGUGUGUCCUUUUCUGCUUCAGCCAAGUCCAUUCCUCUCCCAACUGUUGUCGGCCUCUUUGCCGGUUGCUGUGUUGGCUAUCUCCUUUACAAGGGUGGCGCGAGCACCAAACUUCAACUCUUCCUCGUUCUCUCGACCUGCCUCUUGUACCUCGUGGGUGCCGGUCUCUUUUCUCGCUCUGUCUGGAGUUUCGAGAUGGCCAAGUGGAACGAGUACAUUGGUGGUGAAGCUGAUGAGUUUGGAAACGGGCCUGGUUCCUAUGAUAUUGACCAGAGUGUCUGGCACGUCAACUGUUGUGCCUCCACCGAAGCUAUUCAGAACGGCUGGGGUAUCUUCAAUGCCAUUCUUGGCUGGACAAACUCCGCUACUUAUGGCUCUGUCAUCUCCUAUAACCUAUACUGGAUUUGCGUCAUGAUUGGUUUCAUCGUCAUGCGUUUCAAGGAGACACAUGGCAGACUGCCUUUCGGAAAGGCUAAGGCUCCUGCCAACGCUGUUGAUGAUGCCGAGAGCCACGCCAGCUCAACUCCCAAGAACACAGCAACAGAGAAGACUACUACCGCCUAAGAGAAUAUAUGAGAAGAGAGUCGAGGACUCAUCUGCAGAUGGCUCAUUGUAUAAUUCACUUAGCUUUCUAACGACUCUAUGAGUCUAGCUUGGUCUAUAUCCAAUUACACACAACAAGCAAGUCUUGUUCUAUAUUAUCAAUUUUCAGGAGUCCAAUCCCAUUCAUCAGCCAUGAACAUAGCCUUUGCCAUUUUGUCUACAUAAAGUGCUCC